AUGGCCCAAUACUACCCGCAGCAACAGCCCUACGGUGCUCAGGCCUCCGCACAAAAUCUCCAGUUCUACCCUUCCUCGUACACCUCGGUCUCGGGCCAUACUACACCCUCUCAGGCAUCCUAUGGCGGCUUCAGUGCUGCCCCGAACCCAGGUGCGCCGGCUUACCCCAUGGGAGGAGUUGGCAGCGGCUAUGGCGGUUUUGGAUCUCCAGCCUCUGGAGUCAGUGGGAGGAUGGGCGAACAGAGUGGGCUGCGAACCGGCUGGCUGGCUGCUUUUGGGACGGAGGGUUAUGAUGGCGAGCCCCCGUUGUUGGAAGAAUUGGGGGUGAAUUUCGAACAUAUUCGAACAAAGACCUUGACUGUGCUUAAUCCUUUCGCCCGCAUCGAUCAGCACCUCAUGGACGACAGCGAUCUCUACGGCGCCCUCCUCUACAUCGUCCUUUACGGAACGUUUCUUCUUCUCUCGGGCAAGGUCUUCUACGGCUACAUCUACGGCGUGGCCGUCUUCGGGACCGUUGCUUUGCAUCUCAUCCUCAGCCUCAUGUCUCCGGCCCUCGACACAGUCCCCACACCCAACGCCGCGCACCCGACCAACUACGACCCCCAUCAUAAGCCCACCCUGUCCGACGCUUCAGCUGCCGGUCACUUCUCCGCCACUCUUACCUUCCCUCGCUCCGCCAGUGUCCUGGGCUACUGCUUCUUGCCGCUGGUUCUGACCAGCUUGGUCGGAAUCCUCAUCCCUAUGGACACCAUGUUCGGGUACCUCUUAACGACAGCCGCCGUGGGCUGGUGUACCUUCAGCUCCUCGGGGAUGUUCUGCGCCGUUGCACGCAUGCGUGGGAUGAGGGGUCUCGUUGCAUAUCCGCUGGCGCUCUUCUACGUCGUUUUUGGUAUCAUGGGCAUCUUUUCUUCACGGGGGAGUGGCAAUCUGGCAGCCAAGACAGGCGCUGUUUAA